AUGGUGCUCCCGACGGAUCCCGAGUUCCCGUUUCCGAUAGACGCUCUGGUGCGCAUCGAGCUGGAGACUGGGGAAACCCUAUGGGUGCGUACGCGAACACACGACGUUGUGUCGAAGAGCGAUAGCAACGGCAAGUCGUGGACAGCGCGGCUGCGCUGGCAACAGCACUCGCAAAGGGUCGUGAUCCGUCCGAAUGUGCGAAAUCCUCAGCACCCCGUGGUAACACGGAUGCGGGAUGGGAAGCUGGUUCUGUGGAGGCAGCUCGAAUCAAUGCCUACUCGUGCGGCAUGUGGAAACGUCGCGGAAGCUCCUGUGCGGCCGAGUCGAAGCAAGCGUCGUCGCACGUCGUCGGCUCCUGUUUCGAGCGCCCCGCAGUUGAAAGCACAAAAGUCAAAGGAAAUUGCGCACGAGGUCAAAGACUCACAUGAUGUCGAGAGCGCUGCUCCAGGAGCAGCGGUCGCGACAAACACCAGAGCCACUGCAGUGCGUGAAGCGCCCCGUGACGAAACUCCCGAACAUAUGCGUCGGCAGCGUCGCUGCCGUACGCUGCCCGAACGGCCAGCAGCAUCCAUUGCCACGGUGCCAGCAUCUGCAGGCAGCGUCUCGACGCCGCGGAUCAGCGCGUGCAUACGAGAAACGAGUCGUAAAAACGCGGAGGAACCGAGCUCCGCACGAAGCACGCCACAGAACCGAAACGCAUCGCGCAUGCCGCGUCCGAUACGGAAGACCGAAUCCAGGUGUGCCUGUGCCUCGACCCGUAACCCGUGUCCGAGGCUCGCAAAAGCGCCGCACGCGAAUCGUAAGGAUUUAGAAAAUUACAAUCUGCACAGCACUGCUGCUGCUGCAGCUGGAGCUGCUGCCGCUACCGGGGCACCAGAUACGGACCUUGUGGAACGAACGGAUACGGAGACAAGGAUGGCUCUGCUCGAUGAAUUGCGCCAUGCACAUGCCGCCGCCGCCGCUGCUACCAGCUCCAGCAUGAUUCAUGGGCAUCCCGUGCCCGCGACGGAUCGCCGUUCGGUGAAGUACGGGCCGCACUGGCGAUUCGCACCGCUUGCAGCCAUUGCCGCGCACGCGCGCAGCCUCGCGACCCCUGGGGUUGUCACGGGAGUCGGCGAAACCGCAUGCUCGACGCUUUCGUUACUGAAACUGCUCGCGGAGGAUACGAGGCGAUUGGUUGACGAGAUACUGAUCCUAGCUUCUGGUACCGACGAAGCGGAAACAACAGAGCCGGCAAAGCGCCUGCCCGAUCGCGAUACAACCACAGAGACGCUUGGACGCAUUUUGCUUGCGUACGCACAGGCCUUGGUUUCUGUGGCGGAGGCGCAAGCAGGUUCCGGAGAGUCGCAAAACACUGUGAUGCAUGACCUGGGAAAGACCGCUCUUCAGGCGCUGAUCCAGGCUGAACGAUCGGGUAUUCGAGAACCCCAUUUUCGACAUGCACUCCGAACUUUGAUCCGAGGCUUCGUACCCGCGACAGCAUCAGCGGAUUGUGUCGCUGCUAUCAGCGCAAUACUCGAAGAGCAUCUUCCGAGCGGACGCAUAGAGCGAGAAUCCCACCGCUUAGAGCUACUGUGUCAGGUGGUUACCCUGGGUCCGGAUCUGCUUGCCCUAGCAUCAGUAUUGAGGCGUGCGAGCCGUAACCAGACGUCCCACGUCCUGUCUGCGGUCGCGUGCCCUGACCUGAGGGCUCCUUGUUCUACCAAAUGGUACAGGCAGGUCGUCCAGCUCUACGAAAUCGGGGCCAGAACCAUCGCGAAUCAGCUAACUGGUUGUUGGCCGGCGGAAGACCUGCAGGAACACACCGCUGAUUUCCUCGUCAACGGGGCGAUGCAGUUGCCUUUGCUUUGUACAGGAAACCUAUCAGAACACGAUUCAACUGUUGCGCCUGUGAGAUAG